GCGGACACUGCGAAGAAAGGGCGCGACCACACAGCUGGUGACGUCAACAAAACGCGACAAGUAGUCCAGACAAGUCUUUCCAAGCUGCUUCUUCAACAAAAUUUGGCGAAUUGGUUGCAACAAGUCAUUUGAUGUAUUCGCGCUGUCUCAGUCACACGCGUGAGAAGGGGUAAAAGCCACACAAUUCGUGUUCCGUGAGUACUGAAUUAUCUGAGGGGAGACUCCCUCUGCCACAGUUGAGAAAACCCUUGUUUAAGAGGAUGGCUACGCCGAGCAAAACGCCUCCUGGACCCGAUCCCAAGCAGCUGGAGCGGACCGGUACUGUACGGGAGAUUGGGUCCCAGGCAGUGUGGUCACUGUCCUCCUGCAAGCCUAGCUUUGGCGUGGACCAGCUGAGAGACGACAACCUAGAGACAUACUGGCAGUCAGACGGGUCCCAGCCUCACCUGGUGAACAUCCAGUUUAGGAGGAGGACAAGGGUGAAGAUGCUGUGUAUUUACGCCGACUACAAAUCGGAUGAGAGCUACACUCCCAGUAAGAUCUCCGUCAGAGUUGGCAACAACUUUCACAACCUUCAAGAAGUCAGGCAGCUGGAGAUGGUGGAGCCCAGCGGAUGGAUUCACAUCUCGCUCCUCAACCAGCAGACAAAUGAGCCCAUCAGUACCUUUAUGAUCCAGAUUGCAGUGCUGGCCAACCACCAAAAUGGCAGAGACACGCACAUGCGCCAGAUCAAAGUCUACACGCCGGUGGAGGAGAGCUCCAUCGGCAUGUUUCCACGAUGCACCACUGUGGACUUUAUGAUGUACCGCACCAUCAGGUGACCUGCCCCGCCAUUGCGGCAACUUUGGAUUUGUUUUCACAACGGACUGUCAGGUGUUGGCUUAUGCCACGCCAUCUGAACCACUGCAGUGCCUCCUUUUGAAUUAAAUGUUUUACAUACCAAGCAUCAUUUAAAGAAUACAUAUGACUAAACAUGUACAUAAAAACCAACAUAUUACAA